UUUUUUUUUUAUUCUUCUUCUUAUUUAUACAUAUUUAUAUAAUAAAAAAAAAUGACAAAAUUUUCAUUUAGGAAAUUGAGAGAAAAACCAGUUUUAUUAAUUACAAGUACAUUAGCAGUGGUAAUAAUAAUUAUAAUGAUUUUUGUGCGUGACAUUUAUUUAUUUAUUUUCUUAGUGUGGUUGCUGUAUAUCAUUUGGAGGAGCGAUUGCUUUAAAAGUCUUAAAUGGAGCUUGGUGGGUAGUCGCCUAUCAAUUUUUAAUUACAUUUGGACAUCUCUUCAUUUUUGUAUCGGGCACUGCACGAAAAUAUAAAAUGGCGGUAAAAAAUAAAAAUAAAAAUAAAAGAAGAAAAAGGGGAUAAUACAAAUAAAGUUAAAAUCAAAAUAAUUUUAAAAAUAGAUGUUGGCAUUUUUAGCUACAAGUAUUCCAUUAUUAACGGUACAAAUAGAUGCAGUUAUGCAAUUUAGUAGACAAAGUUUACCCAAGAUACCAGCUAAUACAUAUGUCAGUGGUUAUAUCAUUUUAUUAAUAGUUCAAUAUGUUUGGAUUCUUAUCUUUGGAAGUGAUGCCUCCACCUUCUUUGGUCAACUUGGAUAUCAUUCUUCCACAGAUCAAAAUGUAUGUUUAUCCAUAUCCUCUAAUGAUCAUGACGCAUUUUAUUCAGAAGAAAAAUUAAACGAAUCAAGACAGCAACUUUCUAAUAAUAAUAAUAAUAAAACAAUGCAUUCUGAAGGAAAUAAAUUAAUCUAUGGUGCUAAUCAGUCUAAUGCCUCUGUUUCAUUUAUGUCGAAUAUAACAGAUCAAAAAUUAUCUACUUGUGUACUUGAAUUUAAAGAAAAAGCUCGAGCCAUUCAUAAAUAUAAAGCAAAUCCAGAAGAUCCAAAAGAAUUAAGCUUUGAAAAAGGAGAAAUAUUAGAUAUUGUAGAUAGAAGAGGAAAUUGGUGGCAUGCACGUAAGACAAAUGGUGACAUUGGUAUCGUCCCUAGUAAUUAUUUCUCUUGAUAAAUCUAAUAUUGUCUUUUUUUUUUUC